AUGGCCCAAUACGAAGCGACGACCGACAAGUCUACGCCGACAGUAUCGGCAGGAGGGGCUUCAACCUCCAAAGCGAAUGUCAAGAGGGCCGGACGCUGGAAGAGGAAGAAGGGCAAAGGACAAGCCAUCGCAGCCACUGCUAUUGCUUUAAGUGCCCCUACUGCUCCUGUGGAAAUGGGCAAAGGGAAAUGGAAGGUUGGCAGUUCUCAACGGUCAAAGGCAAAUGAUGUCCGCAAUCAUUGCCCAGGGAAUGGGUAUUGGAACAGGGAGUGCCCACAACUCCUCUCCAGCCCAGUAUUGGAUACUGGUUGUGGAGCUCACAUCUCCAAUAACUUACAGGUGUUGGAAAGAAGCAGAAUGCUAAGUAAGGAUGAGAUGAUUCUAAAGCUAGGCAAUGGGAAGGCCAUCACUGCAAAAGCCAUGGGAUCUCUCGACUCAGCUAUUAGUGAUCAUAUUCGGAUAGAAUUAAAAGACUGUUAUUAUACUAAUUGGAUUAUGACUGCCCAACAUAAACGAAAAAUAGAUAAUCAUGAAAACGCACAGUUAUGGCACGCAAGGCUAGGCCAUAUCUCAAAAGAUAGGAUGAGAAAGUGGGUAGAAUCAAAGAGUCUAGAGAUAGACGAUUUGGACAGCCUACUGACUCCUGAAUCCUAUUUGAAAGGGAAAAUGACCAAGAAGCUCUUUGUUGGACAAAGAGCGCUUGCCAACGGUCUUUUGGAUUUGAUCCAUACAGAUGUCUGUGGACCAUUAAAUACUCCAACUAGAGGAGGAUUCUCGUAUUUCAUAACCUUUACCAAUGAUCACUCACGGUACGGUUAUCUUUACCUAAUAAGGUACAAAUCUGAGGUCUUUAGAAGGUUUAAGGAGUAUAGACUUGAAGUCGAGAAUCAAAUUGAUCGUAAAAUUAAAGCCCUUUCGGUCGGACCAAGGUGGAGAGUAUUUAAGUGGUGA